CGUAGCGGCAAGGGCGAAGAAACCCCUUUAAUUAAAUGUAUAGGCUGCACCUGAGGCGGCGAUAUGGCGCUGAUCUUCAUCAGCUGAUAAUAUUUUCAGAAAAUAGUCUAUUCUUUCAUAUUAAGCAAUAUGAUGUCCCUGCUUUUGAACAGAAAGUUCACUGAGUGAAUUCUGCCCCAAAGAGCCCAGAGACCGGGACACAAUCUUAAUAUCAGCUGUGAUUUUAUGGGUUUUAUUCAAUCAUGAUUUAGCUCAUCGCGAUUCAACUGCCCUAUCUGCAGAAGUUCUGAUUCAUAAUCAAAGGUUGCGGGCUGAUGGGAGGAUAUGGUGUCCUUAUUCUGAGACCACAAAAAGGCUAAGCUAAGCGUAGCUAAGCAGCUACGGUAACCGGAGGAAGUGUGAGCCACUCCAUUAUUAUUAUUAGAAGCAGGAAAUUUCAUAUUGUUAUUUCUACGCGUCAUAAUCAACCAAAUCACUUCAUUUGUUAAAGUAAAUAUACAUGAACACUAAUACCCUUUUCUCAAAGUAGUUAUGGAAACCUCCAGUUAGUUUGUAAAUAUCAUGUUUGUUAAGCUCCCCCUCCCUCGUUCAGUACCAUUGGUUCUGCCUGUUGCCGCUGUGUGUUGCUCUUCUUCCUGAAACAGAGUUGUGCUGGAGCCGUUCUUGUCGCUGCAGUGAGGCUGAUACGUUAAAGUUGAAAUCCCUUCUCCCACAUGGCAAUGAACCACUCAACUGAAGAUUAAACCAAGUGUACUGUGCUCCAGAGCAUUGUCUUCUUAGAUGCUGUUCAGUCUUCAUCUUUGCAAAUGGCUUGCUGUCUGAAGGACGAGCUCCUCUGUUCCAUCUGCCUCAGCAUCUACCAGGACCCCGUCAGCUUUGGCUGUGAACACUACUUCUGCAGAAAGUGCAUUACCGAACACUGGAGUAGGCAAGAGCCUCACGGAACACGGGACUGUCCUGAGUGCCGGAGGACUUUCGCCGAUCCUCUUCUUUCUCCGAGUCUCAAGUUGUCCAACAUUGUGGAGCGCUAUUCAGCCUUCCCGCUGGACGCCAUCCUUAACGCUCAAAGGAGCUCCUAUCCCUGCAAGGACCACGAGAAGGUCAAGCUGUUCUGCCUCACUGACAAAAGUCUGGUGUGCUUCUUCUGUGACGAGCCGGCGCUACACGAGCAGCAUCAAGUGACCACUAUUGAGGAGGCGUACGAGGAAAUACAGAGGGAGAUGAAGGAGCAGCUGGCCACGCUGCAGGACAGUGAGAAGGGACACACGGAGGCCCUGCAGCUCCUGCAGAGACAACUCACCGAGACCAAGUCCUCAGCCAAGAGUCUGCGUGCAACUAUCGGCGAUGCAUUUGAGCGCCUUCACCGUUUCCUUCGCGAGCGUCAGAAGAGCAUGCUAGAAGAGCUGGAGAUGGAUACAGCCCGCAAGCUCGCUGACAUUGAGCACAAGAUCCAGCGCUACAGUCAGCAGCUGCGCGACGUCAAGGAGGGCAUCCAGAUCCUGCAGGAGCGCCUCAAUGAGACAGGACGACACGACUUCUUGGAGGGAGUGGCCGUCACAUCUGAGAGGAUUAAAGGGAAGAUACAUGAGACCAAUCUGACGUAUGAAGACUUCCCGACAUCAAAGUACAUGGGGCCCUUACAGUACACAAUAUGGAAGUCGCUCUUCCAGGAUAUUUCACCAGUGCCAGCAGCAUUGACCCUCGACCCCAUCACAGCCCACCAAAGACUGAUCCUCUCAGAUGACUGUACAAUUGUGGCCUACGGAAAUCUACACCCACAGCCACUGCAGGACUCCCCGCGCCGCUUUGACGUGGAGGUGUCUGUUCUAGGCGCAGAGGGUUUUGCUUCAGGUGUCCAUUACUGGGAGGUGAUGGUGUCAGAGAAAACCCAGUGGAUGAUUGGUGUGGCCAGUGAGACGGUCAGUCGCAAGGGCAGCAUUCAGAUCCAACCCAGCCGCGGCUUCUUCUGCAUCGUUAUGCAUGACGGGAACCAGUACAGUGCCUGCACUGAGCCUUGGACCCGUCUCAAUGUCAAGAGCAAGCUGGAGAAGGUGGGUGUGUACCUGGACUACCCAAAAGGCCUGCUCAUCUUCUACAAUGCAGAUGACAUGUCCUGGCUCUACACCUACCGAGAGAAAUUCCCCACCAAGGUUUUCCCCUAUUUCAGCCCUGGGCAGAGCCACGCUAAUGGCAAGAAUGUACAACCACUGCGAAUCAACACUGUACGCCUUUAAGAGCUACACAGAGCUACAUCUAUGGUCGCUAUUGUCCUAGCAGAUUAAAUCAUUGUAGGUGAAUUUACAGAACUCGUGAAGGUUUCAAAAGAUAUUAAAGAAACAUUUAAAACCUGUUUAAUAGGGUAUUUUGAUGUGUUCAUUUCUUUCAAUUCAGUGUUAAGAAUUAUACUUGAUGUUACUCUUAAGAUCUGCGAUGUAAAUUUUUUGUGACUUAAAACAACCAUAUGAUAAUGGACUACAUUUGUUUCAUUACACAUUUAACUGAAAAGGACUUCACCAUUCACUGUAUAGCUAUAGAAUACACAGCCUGACAGCUCCCAGAAGUGAAGCCACUGCGAGUCGCCCCCUGGUGGCUGGUUGCAGUAUAGGUCAUAAAUCCCACCUCGUCCAUGUUAGUGGAUGGGACAUGCCAAACUAAAAACUUCUUUCCCUUAAAAUGAUCCCAGGUGUCCACCUUGCACAGUCUCAGGAGCACUGCUCUCCUUGUCAAGCUCCAGGCUCAUGAGAGACUGGACACCCCCCCCCCUCUGUCUAAGCAAAUGGACACUGAACACUGGUCACUUGUCUUCUCUGUGCUAGUUGGCUUAGUUGUGUCUCUCUGUGGAAUGUGACUGACAGCUUUCACCUCCUUUUUUGGCUUUGGUUUGGCCACAUUUUCAGCUAAUCACCCUCAACUUGUUAAGUCUGUUGGCACUUUUUACUUCUGUCCAGGACCUUGGUUCCUCCAGCUGGACACAUUCAGAUGUCUGUCCUGUCUUUCAUUGCAUGAAAACACCUGUGUGCACCAGUGAUUCUCUGUCACCUAAAACAAAUUAAAUGAAUGAAAAAGUUGUUCAUAGGAUGCCCAUUCCUGUCCACUCCCCACUCCUCUCCACUUAUGACAGGAAUGUCUCUUUGUAGGUGGAGAUUGUCCAGAAAUAUACUGCUAUUGAUGAAGUUACUUGUUGUUGUUGUUGUUAUUACUUGGAUAUUUGUACAUAGAAUAGUUAAAAGGAAUCUGGCUGCUUCAUAUUUGGACAUCCAUCUUUUCCUCCAAAUCACAAGUAGCUUUGAGCACACACUGUGCUGUUACAUAAUGAUGAAAACACUGAUAAUUCCUCUGAGGUUCAGUCAUGUUUAUUACUUCGCUCCACAUGCCUCAAGUUGUUUAUCACUAAUUGAACACAAGUCCUGUAGAAUCUGCGCUAAGAGGUUCUUGUUGCUCAGGCAGCAUACUCACUGAUGUGUGUGUGUGUGUAUAUGUGUGCGCACGCGUGCGUGCCUUUGUAUUACUUUGCAUUAUGGGGACCG